UACGAGUUAAUAAAUAAAAUCAAAAUGGAGGCAGAAUGAACGAAGCGAUCAGACGUCCCGAACAAGUAUCGCCAAAAUCAAGUCCCCGGGGGUCCCGUUCGCCGGCAUACCCUCGUCCCGACUCUUCGGGGACAUUGAAAACCACGAUAAGUUUAGGAAGAGUCCCUUCAGUCAUUCAUUCCGGCCCAUUUUAUCUUGUAAAAGAUAUUGGACCAGCACAUCCAUCAGUAAUCACGGGAAGUAGCAACCUUAUGAUUCACUAUGGUCUCCAGAACUCAUACAGCAAGUUCUGUAAAAAAGAGGGGAAAGAGGAGCUAAGUGCAUUCCUACCGAAUCUCCCUGGAUAUAUAGAUACUCCCGGAAUACAAGACAACAGCUCUUUGAGAUCUCUGAUUGAAAACCCACCGAAGACCAGUAAGGAACUGGUGCCAUUGUCUGGACCAGCUUUACAGGGGUUCCGCCUACACCCAGGACCACUACCUGAACAAUAUCGAUUUAUGAGUCAUAUGCCCAAAAAGAAACAUAAGCUAAAGAAACGACGAGAAGAAAAGCCAGGCAAUAUGCAGGAUACACAAGGUGAAGAUAAUUCUCCAGAGGUGAAGGCUAAGAAAGUUAAAACAGAGGAAAAUCUAAAGAAGAAGAAAAAGAAGAAAAAUAAGAAAAAAGCAAAGGAGAAAGAUGAAGAUGGCCAAUCCUGAUGGUCUCGUGUGAAUGGAGAAACUAUGGCAGCAGAACAGUGUUCUAUAAUAACAGAGUGAAUGACAGCACUAUGUGUGACAUAGUAUGUGUGCAAGAAAUGUAUGGUUUUAAAAUAUUUGAGUGUAUGAAUAAAAUAAAAAUCUUAAUGAUAUUUUU